AUGACCAGGGAGUGGGAUCGAAUCACUCCGGCCGAGUUGCGGCCCAUCGCCGAAAACUUCAUCAAGCGUUUGAAGCUCUGCUCUGCAUCGGAGCCAAAGGAAUGGCCUCCGUAUUCGUGCGAUCUUAAUCCGUUGGACUACAGUGUUUGGUCAAUUUUGAAGGCAAGAGCAGCUUGUGCAAAACCCCACAAAAGUUUGGAGGCUCUUAAGCGAUCGUUGACCAAGGAGCGGGAUCGAAUCGCUCCGGCCGAGUUGCGGCCCAUCGCCGAAAACUUCAUCAAGCGUUUGAAGCUCUGCAUCGGAGCCAAAGGUGGCCACUUUGAAGAAAAG